AUACCGGAUGUCACCCAAGUACAGGUUUCCAGUCAUGCUAAAUGACUGCACUGUGGCCACCAUCCACUUUCUGAAGUCGCUGCACAUGUAUGGGGUGGAUCACGCUCGAGUGGUGCUGUGUGGGGACAGUGUGGGUGGGUGGGUGGCAACUGAGCUUUGUAAACUCUUCCGGAACCAUCCAGGCCUACCCCGCAUCCGGGCUCAGAUCCUGAUCUAUGCCGCCCUGCAAGCAGUAGAUUUUCAGAGUCCCUCCUUCCAGCAGAAUCACAACAUCCCGUUCCUCACCUGGGACAUGAUGUUUGACUGCUGCUCUUGUCACCUGGCUAUCAGCUCUGAGUGGAGAAGCACCAUCAAGAAAGGGACCCAUUUGUCUCCCGAAUUCUGGAAGAAAUACAGUAAGUGGUUGGGCCACGAAAACAUCCCUGAGAGGUUUAAGAAACGAGGCUAUCGGCCCGUAGUCCCUGGACCCGUGAAUGAAAAAGCUUACCUGGAGACAGCUCUGGCUAGGAGUGAAACCUGUACGCCCAUCCUCGCCCCCGAUGACAUCCUGGCUCAGCUUCCGGAGGCUUGCAUUGUGAGCUGCGAGUAUGACCUGCUCCGGGACCAUUCACUCUUGUACAAGAAGAGGCUGGAAGACAUGGGGGUACCGGUGACCUGGCACCAUAUGGAAGAUGGUUUCCAUGGGGUGUUCAACACCCUUGGCUUCGGCUGCUUAGAAUUUCCCUGCUCCUUGAGAAUUUUAAAUUUGAUUGUCCAUUUUAUCAAGGGGUUGUAA